AUGGAACGAGGCAGUGGUGCCGCUGCUCAAGCCCGGCAAGGCAGCCAGCUACCUGCCUCGUACUGCCCCGUAUCGCUCACCUCUGCCGCACGCAAGGUGUUCGAGGCCCUGGCGCUUCGGCGGCUGGAGUGCAUAACUGCGGCGCUCAACACCUUUGCGGCGGAGCAGAGCUGCUUCCGGCGACUCCGGGCCACAGCUGACUGCUUGGCCGACGUGAUCGCGACGCUUGACACUGCGACACGCCGGGGCGAGGCAGGCUACCUCGCCCUCCUCGACGUCGAGAGCGCCUUCGGCUAUCUGCUGCACGCUACCAUCUUGGAUGCAAUCAGUGCACUCGGAGUGAGUGCCGCAAGGCAGUGCUCUAAGCCCAUUCCUGUUAACUUCGCGCUGGCACGCAUCCCGGACUACAUUCCCCGGUUCCCGGCGCACGAGGUUCGCGUCGCACUGUACGCGGAUGACAUCGCGCUGUUCGCGAGCGGCCCCACCAGUGUUGGCUAUGCGGUGCGUGCGUGUGUACAGUGCGCGACGGUUGGGGUCGAUGCACACAUCAGCGGCAUCGGCCUCACCCUGUCUGUAGCCAAGACCGAGGCGCUCAUCGUACAUCCAACUUAUGGUGGGCAGUACAGCACGCCGGGCUUCACGCUCCGCGGAGUGCUGCUUCCGUGGCAGAAGCGAGUCCGCUAUCUGGCCCUCGUCAUCGACCGGCAGCUCAAGUGGUGUGCGGCGGUGGCUGCACUACAGAAAGGUGCCGCGCAGGUGGCGGGCGCCGCGCGCUCCCUGCUUGCCCGUGGCCAAGGCUGCUCACUGACCCUCGCGCUGCGCCUUUACAACCGACGCAGUGGAAGGCGCUGGAUGCGGAUCACCGAGCAGUCGUCCGCCAAUUCAUGUGCCUACCGCGGUCGUCACAAGUCGGCGCCAAUCUGGCCGAGGCGGGAUAGACGCCCAUCUUUCUCCGAGCGGAGGGCGAUCAACCCCAUGCAGCGCCUGUAUCGCUCGCGGCACAGCCAGCAGGUGGUGACCCGGUUCGCUCUCUGCCAAGCUCCGGCAUAG